UUGGUGGCUGUGUACGAGAGCUCGUGUCGUCGUGCUAGAACGGAUUAACGCGCUGCGCGCUGUGAAUUGGUUCAACCAACUAAUACCAACAAACGAACCGACACACACAUACACACAUACGAGCGUCAAAGAGGCAGCCACAGUAGACGAGACGGGACGUGAAAGUGAAUAGCAGUUUGGGUGACUUGAAAGGGGACGGCGGCGGCGGCGUACGAAAGCGAAUGUGAAAAGUGAAAUUAAUUUUUGUCUGCGACUUUGUUGAAGUUGAAAUUCGUAAUCGGAACGCGGCGGUAGGCGGUGGUGGCGCUAAUGGUGUCGGAUUGACGGUCGUUACAGCGUGUACGAAACAAAAAAAAACCAACAACAACAACAACGCGUAAAAGUCAUAACGAACGUUAUAAAAUGAAAUGUGCGAGCCUGCUAAUGAGGGUCGGCAACGAAGCAGCUUCGCACGAAAUAAUUUACUAGAAUAUCACCAGCAGCAACAGCACCAAACACAUUGCGACGACGAGCGCAAAAUGCAACAACAACAAGUACACUUCAACGCGCUCCUCCCAUGACAUAUGUACAAUAAGCUAACGAGUUCUAUAGAUAUAUACAUAUAUAUAUACAUACACAUACAACAACUGCAACAAUAUCGUUCAUAACGGCCAGCCACGAGAUAUUAUCACGUAUGACCGCCAACUCAGCCAUAUCACAGCGCAGCACAACAACAAAAACACGAUAAUGUUGUGCAAAACAAAAGGAAGUAGCAGUCGAGGCAAACGAAAAGCGCUUGAGAGAAGUAGCAGCAGCAGCGACAGCGGGAGUGGUAGUGCCGCGAUAAGCCAUCGGUGGACGGACAAUUGCACGUUGCUACUUUUGGUCAUACUCACAUUGACGCAUAUUCCCAGCGCGAGAUGUAAGCGAAAAGAAAUGGCCGCCGGUCGUUUGGAGAAUGUCACACAAACUAUUUCGAAAAUCCUCCAAGGUUACGACAUACGACUGCGUCCGAAUUUCGGCGGUGAGCCAUUGCACGUGGGUAUGGAUCUCACAAUAGCCAGCUUUGAUGCCAUAUCAGAAGUAAACAUGGACUACACCAUCACCAUGUAUUUAAACCAGUACUGGCGAGAUGAGCGGCUAGCCUUCAACGCAUACGGACCAUACUAUGACGACGAUGCAGACGACGAUGGCGUCAAUGAUGUGCUGACGCUCUCUGGCGACUUCGCAGAGAAAAUUUGGGUACCCGACACAUUUUUUGCGAACGACAAAAAUAGUUUCUUACAUGACGUCACCGAGCGCAACAAACUGGUGCGCUUGGGUGGCGAUGGCGCUGUCACCUAUGGCAUGCGCUUCACAACAACACUCGCCUGCAUGAUGGAUUUGCACUAUUAUCCGUUGGAUUCGCAAAAUUGUACAGUGGAAAUUGAGAGUUAUGGCUACACUGUCAGCGAUGUGGUGAUGUACUGGAAGCCCACACCGGUGCGCGGUGUCAUGGAUGCCGAGUUGCCACAGUUCACCAUAAUCGGUUACGGUACGAAUGAUCGUAAAGAGCGUUUAGCCACUGGUAUAUAUCAGCGGUUGUCGCUCUCUUUCAAAUUGCAACGGAAUAUUGGUUAUUUUGUAUUUCAAACAUAUCUGCCAAGCAUAUUGAUUGUGAUGCUCUCGUGGGUGUCCUUCUGGAUCAACCAUGAGGCGACGAGUGCGCGCGUCGCAUUAGGGAUAACCACCGUGCUCACUAUGACUACAAUAAGCACCGGUGUGCGCAGUUCCUUGCCAAGGAUAUCUUAUGUCAAAGCCAUUGACAUUUAUUUGGUGAUGUGCUUCGUGUUCGUUUUCGCUGCGCUGCUUGAGUACGCAGCUGUCAAUUACACGUAUUGGGGCAAGCGCGCCAAGAAAAAAGUGAAAAAGUCCAAAGAUGGUGAAGGCAGAAAAACAGGCAAGGGCGAUAAAUCCGAAACGUGUUCAACAGCCGAUGACAUCAUCGAAUUGCAGGAUGUGCGCAUGAGUCCUAUACCCUCAUUGCGUAAAGGCAACUACAAUAGCACGCUCGGCUCCAUAGGCACCGAAACUGUGGACCUGGCAAAGUUUCCACCGAGCUUUAGAAUUACGCGCAAUUAUGGCACAAAUCGUACACAUUUGCGUUAUAGAGGCCAAAAAGGCAAACCACGCAUGCUGCAUGCGCUGAAACGAGGCGCUUCGGCCCUCAAAGCAACUAUACCGAAAAUCAAAGAUGUUAACAUUAUCGACAAAUAUUCACGCAUGGUGUUCCCAGUCAGCUUUUUAGCCUUCAAUCUGGGCUACUGGCUGUUCUACAUUCUGGAAUGAUAGCACCUGCUGACACUUCACGCCAAAUAGGAGGAACCCUAGUUAGUGUGUAGUGUACAAGUAAAGUAAGACACCUGAAAAUUCGAGAUCUACCACGUAACCAAAAGCCAUGGCACAACAAAAUGCACAACAAACUGCGUAAAGCAACCCAAUGCGAGAGAGUCCAAUCAAAAUUAUGUAAAAGUAAAUUGAAUCAAAGAAAAGUCGCCAAAAAUUAACCAAAUGUGUCCUCAAAAGAAUAAAAAUUAAAACAAUUGUGUAGAUGAACGCCAAAUUAACUGCUAUCCAAAGCAAAUUAGAGCAACAACACCAACCUAAACUGUCAGAACGAGCCCUUUAAAAUUAAAAAAAAAAAAAAAAAAUUAAAAAAAGUAAUAAAAAAAUGUAAUAUCAGAAAAAGCACGAUUUCAUUGCCACUUCGAUGGAUGUGUUUGUGAAUCUUAUAAAAGUUCAAACAAAAACUAGCAUAGUCAAUGAAAAGUUGGGUUUAGUACUUAAUGUUACCCUUAGCUAUAACGAAAUAAGAAAAUUACUUACGUACAUACCUACAAUACAAAUUCUUACCAACGUUUAGUUUAAGUUAGCUACGAAUUAGGAAGUCCAAACGAAUGAAUGAAUGUUUUAGGAAACACAAAGUCGAAAACUUAGAAAGCCCACACAAAUUAUAUGGGAAGCUUGAAACCGGGACCGCUAAUAAUGAUUUUGAUUUUUCAAAUUUACAUAUUUCAAAUUUAUUAACAAUAAUGUCUUUAGAUUUUUUACUUUCCUUACAAGAGGUCCGUUAUGUUACCUAAGGAGUUACAUACAGUUAGAAGGCCUAGGGUAACGAAUUUUCCAGAAUGUUUGCUGAGAAAACUUUUAAAUUCAUUGUUCCAAAAUGAUGUACACAUUAUAUGGUAUAUUUUAACUGUACUUUAAGACUUAGUAUUAGUAAAAAUAUUUAUUUGGAAAGGAACUACAGCUGAUCUCAGGGAGCUUCUCUCAAAAAAGACGUUUAGCGGUGACCACUGGAUUCUCUGAAAUUAAAAAAACUAAACAGAUUUCGUUAAAGUAAUGUUAAAUUUACUAGAUUUUGUCGAAGAACCAAGCAAAAUAAAAUUUUUCGACAAAAUGGCGGUUUCUCAGAAAAAAAUCGAUUUUGGAUCAAAAUUUCGGCCUUAAAUUGUUUAUAAAAAAGUAUUUAAAGGGUGAGAAAAAAUCCUCGAAUAAUUACUAAAAGAUCACUCAAAAAUCUCAUGUUAAAAUUUAAGACCAAUCGGUUAAGCCGUUUUCGAGUAAUAUUGGUCACUGACUUUGAAAACACCAUUUUGAGAAAAUCGAUUUUGGGCUUUCAAGCACUCUGAAACGCCUUUUCAAAUUUGCGUGUAACUUCGAAAAUGUUCGCCUGAACGAUAUGAAAUUUUCUGUUUAUAUUCUCAAAUAUAUGUGCUUUAGAAAAUAAAGUUGAAAAAACCAUUUUUUAAAAAUGCUAACUGUAUAUAACCCCUUAGAAAAAUGCAAAUCUGCAAAUAUUGGCCAAUCCAGAACGAAAAAUCUGAAAUUGAAUCGAAACAAACUAAGAACACUGAUUCACAUUAAAUAUGGUAUGAAAAAAAUCGGCCUUAUUUAAAACAACAAUAAUAUUUAUUCAAUAUGAAAAUAGAUAUGAAGGAAAAUAACGGUAAAAAUACGUUCAAGGUCCGAAUAAUUUAACAGCAAACAUGCUAAAAAUAUAGAAAAAUUUAUAAUAUGUUUCUUUUCAUAACGGUCCCUAGUUUAGAGCAUAUAACCAAUUGGAACAAAAAUUUAACACUUUUUUUAAACAUAUAACUCAUAUCCUAGGUGGCAACCCCAAAAUCAAAAUUUGCUGUUAGCGUGUAAUUAGUGUAAGCGUACAGUUAGUUGGGAAUUAUGUGAGAAGUGAAGUAGUUACAUACGGUUAGGCAGACAGUUUUGGAAAUGGCAAAACAAAAAUACCUAAUUUUUAGACCAGACACUAAGAUAAACUGUUAAAAGUCUACAAAUAAAUUAAUAUUUGAAAUUUGAGAUGAAUAAACGUGCAUAUGAUAUUUUAA